GUCACCAUCCAAAGAACCGAAGAACUCCAGGAUGAUUGAUAUGAGUCAUCAUCUAAAUCUGGCGUCCAGGUCGAGGCAUCCGAGUCCCCUCAAAAAGAUCAUCCAAUUUAUGGCAGUGGAUGAUAUGGUUAGUUUGGCCGGAGGAUUGCCACAUCCCUCACUCUUUCCACUCCACAAUUCCACUAUCACCGCUUCCAGUCCUUGCACAAGACAUCAGAUAAGCUUAGAUCUGUCUGCUGGUGAAGGAGAAAGUUCGUUUGCUAGCUUCCUCCAGUAUGGGAGUGGUGCAGGAAACGCGCAGCUACGGCAAUGGUGCCGCGACUUCACCCAGCACGUCCAUCAUCCCCUUUGCGAGAGCUUUGAUGUCCUUCUGCAUCCGGGCAACACCAACGCUUGGAGUAAGGUGGUCAACCUUCUCUGCGAAAGAGGCGACUAUAUCCUUUGCGAGGAGUUCACAUACCCUUCCGCUCAAGCAUGUUGGAUCCCGUUGGGCAAUUACGCCGCACCAGUUGCGAUGGACGCCCAAGGCAUCCGCGAUGACUCGUUGGAAUCUACCCUGGCUAAAUGGGAGCUGAAUCACCCAGGUAUCCUGAGUCCGCACGUUCUCUAUCUCGUGAGCGUGGGCUCGAACCCUACUGGCGUGACAAUGGGGGCUGAGCGGCGGCGUAAGAUCUAUGAGAUCUGCGUUCGAUAUGACAUCAUCAUCGUCGAAGACGACCCUUAUUUCUUCCUCCAAUUCCCCGCAUACGAACUCAACCCCCCACCCACCGACGAUACAAGCACGGCAAACGAACACUUCCUCGCCAGUCUCGCCCCAUCCUUCCUCCAAUUCGACUACCAGGGCCGUGUCAUCCGCCUCGAGUCAUUCAGCAAGACCCUCGCUCCCGGCCUCCGCCUCGGAUACUUCAUCGCCCACCCCUUCUUCAUCCAGCGCCUCCUCCUCGCCACGGAGGUCGAGACCCAAGACCCGUCCGGCCUCUCCCAAGCCGUCGCGCUCAACCUCCUCCAGACCUGGGGCGUGGACGGAUACCUAACCUGGCUCCAGAACCUGCGACACGAAUACCAAGCCCGUCGGGACUGGAUGAUCCGUGCCUUCCAGCACGAGUUCACCCUCGUCCCAGGCUCACAGCAUCCCGACCUCAAUGUAGCUGACUCCACCCUCGUGGCGCUCCUCAACACCGUCCCGAUCUUCUCUUUCGUGCCCCCAACGGGCGGCAUGUUCAUCUGGGCGCAGUUCCACCUCCACGCAAACCCAACAUUUCAGAAACUGCACCGCGAGAAAUCUCUCGAGGAUCCGGAGGAAUGCUUCGCGGAGCAUUUCUGGGAGAUGCUGAUUGAAGAACGGGUCCUGUUGACCCCAGGCUCAUAUUACCACCCCUGGCAAGGAGAAGAGAAGGUAACGACCAAGGCUCGAGGCGCGAAGCCGGCAGUGACGAACUUUCGAUUUUCUUUCUCUAUGACGACGAGAGAGGAGAUGGAGUGUGGCAUUGCUCGUCUUGCAAAGGUGGUUCGAGCUUCUUGGGAGCUUUGA